AUGAACUACGCGCCGGGGCCUUUCUUCCAAGGGCUUCUCAAGCGUCGGCACGAAAAAGACGCGGCGGAGAAAACUGGGGAAACGGGAGAGAAGCGGGCUUCGGGUACGCCUAUUACCGAUCUAUUGAAGAAUGGCGAGCUGAAGUUAGCGUCGGCUUCGAAAGAAUCGCAGAAGGUUUUCGGCCAUGUCGGCCUCAGACCGGUACCCAAAAAUUCAAGCAAAGCAAAUUCUGAUGACGUUAAAGUCACGGUCUUCAACCAGCUCCGGCAUGUCCCAAGGCGGGAGAGCUCAGAAAGUCAUUCAACCAGAAGAGAUUCUGUUAUAGCUCCAGAAAAGCCGCCAGUUUCUACGAGAGAUUCUAACAUCCCUCCAGAAAAAUCGCCCAUCAAAGAAAAUGGAGCUUCAAGCCAUAAUGAGAGACUCAGAGCCAGAAGUGACACCAGCAUGGGUUUGGAAACGGCCAAUCGACCCCCGCGCCCUCCUGUCAAAGAAAACGGGACUUCAGAACGCCCUGAAAGACUCCGAAGACGUGACGCUCCUCCCUCGCUGAAUGACCGCUUCAAAACGCCCCCUCCCCCCAUCCCAGAACAGUCCAGAAGACGUGCUUCCGACCACAGCACCUCCGCGACCACUUCGCGAAGUGUCACCCCAACCGACCGAUUCAGAAGGAAUGACGUCGUGCCCACCGCGAAACCUCCGAAAUCGCUGACCGCCGGUUUUGCCGGACUCAAACCGGCGGCCAAUCGAACCAAUAACUAUCAGCGAAGUCAGUCUGAACAGCCGCCGAUGGAAAUAACGGAAGAGGAACUCUCGAAGAUCUCCCAGAUCCACGCGUUCAUCCUGUCGAGGAUGCCGAAUGGACCGGCCAAGGACAAGUAUCUCAGGUCUCUGAUCCAUUUCGAGACGCCUCCGCCGCCGCCUCAGAGACCCCUGGACGGCGGCUUCGACUCGCGGAAGAACAGCCUCGACGUCAAGUCGGCACGGAGUCGCUCCUCCAUUAGCAGUAACGUUGGUUUUUCUGGUUUUUCUGGGGAGUGAGAAGAAUUGGAAAUUUUUGGAAGAUGACGCUAAGUAGUUCGACAGGUUUUAUUACUGAAGCCCCUGAAAAAGCCUGCUAAACGUCACAGUUACCUUUCAAAAAAAGAUGAAGCUAGACUCAUAGGAGACGUUUUCUGCCAGAUUUGGGGCUCAAUUUAGGUGAAAAAUGACUUGAAAUGAAUAUUUGGGAAGAUUAAGUUGCAGAAAAAGUUUCGCAGUGGCUUAUGGCAUUCUAUUUCAAAGAUUACUGCUUUCUACAGUUUUUAUUCGUGUAAAUCUUGGACAAGUGUGUCGUGAUUAAUAAGCUAUUUGUGCUCGAAACUCAGAAGGACUUCUAUUUUUUGAUCUUUUGAUCUUUUCCCCACGAAAAAAAAAGUUUGUCACGUCCACGGCGAUCUUAUCAUUACCAAAGCAUUUUCCCAGAUUUCAGUGACUUUUUUUGGCACAAAAUAAAAGAAAUAAGUAGGGAGAGUUUUCGAUUUUCAGUAACUUUUAGCUGUUUUUUCUGGUAUGUUCUAUAGAGAUGUGAAAUUGCUCUUUAGAUUGAUCAAGAGAAGGUCUCGUGUAUUUGAUGUACGUUUAGGCUUAUCUAAUCAGGAAUAAAACCCGGUGAAGUUUUAUUUUUACUCCUGUCCCUUGAUCUUUCACCUUUAUUGAACUUACUGUAACCCAUUCUGUGCCAGCUUCUCUCUGUAUAUGCGCCUUUAAUAAGACGAAAAUAUAAUACGCUAAAGGCGCAUGCAAAAAUGUGAAAAAGAAUGGUUCCGUAGCUCGGAGGAGAAUAAAAAUCGUGACAAGCCUGCGCGGAAUCGGCUAUAUCAACUUGUUUCCCAACAACCUAAGCCAAUCGAGUUGCCUGAACCGAACUCAAACGCGCCAACAUCCGCAGCUUUUUGCCACAAUGUCGACAAACAUUGGGCCGCGGGGGCUUUCCGAGACGAGGACGAUGAUCAAAACGAGCGGAUUUUUGCGACUUUGAGCCUCUCUCCUGUUUGCAAGUCAUCCACUUGCACGUACGCCUAG